UCAAGGUCUCGGCUGCAGUAUGUAGGGGCGCAUCACAGAAUGGUCUGCAAAACAUUUUGCAAGAAAGGACAAUGUUAAAGGCGCACGCAUUUCCCCAUCUUACCAAAAUAGAGUAUUUUAUCACACAACUACUGAAAAAUACUUAGCAGAUCCAUCAGUGGAUUGGUAUGAGGUCCUGUCUGGAAAUUGUUGCUUCUCCUUUUGACCAGAUACAAUAAUUUAAUUUUGGCACUGGACGCAUUUUGAAAAAUAUAGUAGUAAAGUCACAUGCUUCCACCGACCACACUGACUGCACAUCAGAUGGUUUGUUUCCCAGACAUUAGGUGAUACAGAGACUCGUAUUUGGGGAUUGAACUUCAACUUUGCAUGAAAUUAUUUAGCAUAUUUAAAGAUGGGCUGUUGGUCGUUUCCCUUGAACAGAAGUAGUGACGGUGAGAGGCGCUGCUAUUGGGCAGUGUGGAUAGGAAAUUCGGAGGCGAGUGUGUGAGAUCUGCACUCAGGGGAGGGAGGGGGUGCUUCCCUCAAUGGCGCACAACCCCCAUAGUAACGGAUCCCAGCAGCACCACAGCAGUAAGUGAAGGCAGAAUGCCAUAAAACUACCAGCCCUUACUUGCUGCUCAUUUGUUUUAAAGGCAAAACAUUCCAAUUAAUCCUUUCUAGAUGAGCACACGGUUUGCAGUCUGACACUUUGUGUUUGUGUUGUACAAACCAGGGGUAGAACAGUGGUUUGCGUUUUUACGCAGUGCUUUGAAGUCUUCGGAGCGGGCGCUUCUGAAGCACAAUGAGCUAGCUUUGUAUGUUAUGGGUACUGGCGUUUUAGCUCUGGGGCGGAUGUGCAUUAUUUUAUUGCCAAAAGAUAGUCACUGUAUGACACAAGAGACCCUCCCCUGGAUCAGUAAGCGCGGGGUAAAUGCUGCUGCCGCUGCGGGCACAAGAGGGCAGUGAAUCAUCUUGGUUUUGUCAUUGGACCACCAGGUAUUACAGUGAGAAGGGGGCAAUUCUAUAUAAAAAGGAUGCCAUGCCAGUAAAAAAAAAUCCAGUAAUGGCACUGGAAAAGCUGUGCUGUGAAAACCAAGGUGCCCUGGUAUGCGUAGAGGUGGAACGCUGGAGAUAAAUUCCGUCGGCACAGGAGGAUCCUGCUAGGGGUAUGGGUAACAGCUGUGGGCACAGAGGCAUCUUGUUGAGGGCACAGGAAGUUCCUGCUGUAGGGACACAUGAGAUAUUAGUUGUGGGCACAGGAGUAUCCUGAUGUAGGGGCACAAGAGAUAAUAGCUGUGGGCACAGGAGAAUCCUGAUGUAGGGGUACAGGAGAUAAUAGCUGUGGGCACAGAAGGUUCCUGCUGUUGGGGAACAGGAGAUAAUAGCUGUGGGCACAGGAGGUAUCCUGAUGUAGGGGCACAGGAGAUAAUAGCUGUGGGCACAGGAGGAUCCUGAUGUAGGGGUACAGGAGAUAAUAGCUGUGGGCACAGAAGGUUCCUGCUGUUGAGGAACAGGAGAUAAUAGCUGUGGGCACAGAAGGUUCCUGCUGUAGAGGCAAAGGAAAAAAAUAGCUGUUGGCACAGGAGGUUCCUGAUGUAGGGGCACAGGAGAUAAUAGCUGUGGGCACAGGAGGUUCCUGAUAUAGGGGCAGAGACUCUGAUGCCAUCCACUGCUUUCCGUUCGGCGCCGGGAGAGCCCAGGGGAAGGCACAAUUUCCACAGCAGAUUACACGCUCCUAUGAAACGACCAAGUGACGAUCUGUUUCUUCCCUUGAUAUGGCUACAAAGAAAAAAAAAAGGGGCCCAUACUUGUAGCUUGUCAAUUUCCCCGUGUGAUCACAUGACCAGCACCUCCCUGCUAAGGAUGGGGAUAGAUUUCCACGUCAGCUUACGUCUUCCAAUUUCUACUUCACGGAUCUGCUUCAAAGAGGCAGCUGCAUUAGGGAAUGAUGUUAAGCUCAGCUAAUGCGGACAGCCCGAGGUAGCCUAAUGAUGGAUUUUGAUGAGCGAGUUCCUUGCUCCUCUAACAUGUAUUUGCCAAGUUGCACUUACUACGUUUCGGGUCCUGACUUCUCCAGCCUUCCUUCAUUCCUGCCCCAAACCCCUUCUUCUCGUCCCAUGACAUAUUCCUAUUCUUCCAACCUGCCCCAGGUCCAACCAGUGCGAGAAGUCACCUUCAGGGAAUUUGCCAUUGACUCGUCCAGUAAGUGGCACCACAGGAACAAUGUGCCCCAUUGCUACUCAGCAGAGGAGAUCAUGCACAGGGACUGCCUGCCUGCCUCCAACACUGCUAGCGUGGGGGAAAUAUUCGCCAAAAAUCCCUCCAAUGUCUACCACCCCAAUGCCAACGUUUCCUCCAAUUUCUAUAGCACAGUGGGCAGGAAUGGGGUGCUGCCACAAGCCUUUGAUCAGUUCUUUGAGACAGCCUAUGCCACCACCACGGAAAGUCAAGCCUCGGAUUAUUCUGUGGAUAAGACUUGCGACAAAGUUGCAGCAGUAGCAGCAGCAACUUCAAGUUCGGAGCCGGAGCAGAAGGAGAGGAGAGCAGAGAGCAGCAGCAGGAGGAGCAGCAGCAGCAGUUCCCAGUCAUCUUCCGGCAACAAUGAGGACAAAGCCAACUGCAGCACAGGUGGGCAGCGUACGCGCAAAAAAAGAUGCCCUUAUACCAAAUACCAGAUUAGAGAGCUGGAAAGGGAGUUCUUCUUUAGCGUCUAUAUUAACAAAGAAAAGCGCCUGCAGCUCUCACGGAUGCUCAACCUGACUGACCGACAAGUCAAGAUCUGGUUCCAGAACAGGAGGAUGAAAGAGAAGAAAGUUAACAGAGACCGCCUGCAGUACUAUUCUGCUAACCCACUGCUAUGAGACCAGCUGGGGGUUCAGGACUUUUAUUCCCAGUCACCUUGACAAGGUCAAGCCCACAGUUUCACAGAUAGAGAUAUGGUCCAGACAGGGCUUUGGAGUAUAACAUGUUUCUAUGGACUUACCCCAGCCUGGAACUUCCCUUGGCCCUGGUUUUUGAUCUACCCAAGUUAAUUGCGCACAGUGAAAAUGGAAAAAAGAAGGCCCUCAACUUUAGUCUCCUUUCUUCUGGUUAUGGUUAAGGUUCUAUUGUACACACUUUGGUACACACAGUGGACAUUUGUUAUUCUGGAUCAAUACAAACAAUGUUCAAGCUAUAAGCUCCCUCUCUCUAGUAUUUCACUCUACCAAAGAGUCCAGCAAAUACAAUAUUUGGUAGAGCCAACUCAUUUCCUUCUAGGGAACAGCUCACUACAGAGGAAGAAUUAACUGGUUAAUUUAAUAUCGAAUCACCCCAAACUGUUACCCUGCGAAUUCAUGUUAUUUAUUGCAAAGAAGCAACCCAUCAACAUGAAAUAUGAAGUCUGCACUUUCUUUGCUAAUAUCAAUCCGCCUGGGAGUCACUUGUAGAAAUGGAAAGUUUAGGCAGAGACAAGCAAGCAUUGCAAUCUCCACGAGACAAUCAAUCAGCAUACAGAGAAAGCAAUAAUAGCUUUAAAAAAAAAGUAACAACUAUCUGUUAUCUUUUUUUUUUUCAUACCAAAUUGCAACAAAUAGGGCUGGAGUCUGCAGGUUAUAUUCUAAAUUGGAAUGAAAUCUCUUUGCAAUAUAGUUGACCUAAUGAGAACCAAAGUUAUUAUAUACAAUUAUAAAAAAAAAAUAUUUGAAAUUAUUAUAUUAGUUAAAGGGAUACAAGAUCCUAUUUGUAAUAUCUGCGUUUGAAUGUAUGUAUGUUUCAUAUGAAGUUUUACUAAAGAUGUAAAUAAAUAACAUUUGCUAUUUGGGCUGAUUGACCUUUUA